UGGUGGAAGCUAAACGAUGCAGGGGGCCCGUUAUAAAUGAGCAAGCGUAUUUAAAUCAAAUUCCAGACAAAGAACGCUGACUAUCUAAUCUACUUAUGUGCUAGGUAGAAGUUGUUGGGUACACCGAGGACGAUGCUGGCGCUGGGAGGAGAGUGGGGAUCGGGGCGCCGGCUCCUGGCGCUCGCGCUCUGUGUCGCGUGCGCGGGAUCGAGCGCGCUGCCGUCGCACAGAGGGCAGCCGCAGAAGCUGCUGCUCGUCUCGUUCGACGGAUUCCGCUGGGACUACGACCAGGACGUGGACACCCCGAACCUGGACCACCUGCGCACCAUCGGGGUCGCGGCGCAACACAUGGUGCCGCCUUUCGUCACGAUGACUUCUCCAUCGCACUUCACCCUCGUCACUGGAAAGCACGUGGAAUCUCACGGCGUAGUUCACAACAUGCUGUUCGACUCAGAGACCGGAGAGAAGCAAGGUUUUCAGGAAACCCAGAUGCGCUCAGAAUGGUGGAAUGGAACAAUUCCACUCUGGAUCACAGCCCAAAACCAGGGUCUGAAGACGGGCUCAAUUCGCUUCCCUGGGGGUGCUGCCAGCUACUUUAACGAGUCCGUGUACAAGACACUGGGCCGAGACCAUCCGAACAGCAACAAGGAGGACUGGUUUCGCAACAUCGAAUUAGUCAUGGAUUGGUUCACCAAGGACGAAUUGGACUUCGUGACCAUGUACCACAGCGAGCCGGACUCCACGGGCCACAAGUUUGGGCCGGAGACGGAAGAGCGGCGGGCGAUGGUGCAGCAGGUGGACGAGACCAUCGGCUUCCUGGUCAAUGCCAUCGAGAAGAGCGGCCUGAAGGACACUCUCAAUGUCAUCAUCACCUCGGACCACGGCAUGACCACCACUCAGAAAUCUCCGGACAUCAAUGAAAUUGUGCUUUCAAAGUUCAUCAACUUCAAGGAUGACCUCAAGUUUGAUCUGGUGGACUACGGAGCGUUUGGCAUGCUUCUGCCCAAGGAAGGGAAGGAGGAACAGGUGUACAAUGCCCUGAAGAAUGCCCAUCCGCACCUGAAAGUUUACAAGAGGGAAGAAUUUCCAGAACACUUUCACAUGAGAGAUCAAAGUAGACUCCUACCCAUCAUGAUGUAUGGAGACCUUGGCUACUUAGUGAAUGGGAGGCUGAUAUUCCAGUUCAACAAGGGUGAACACGGCUUCGACAACGCGGAGGCGGACAUGUGGACCAUCUUCCGCGCCUUCGGACCUCGCUUCCGUCAGGGCUACGUGGCGGAGCCGUUCGCCAGCGUGCACGUGUACGCGCUCAUGUGCGAGCUGCUCGGGGUGCAGCCCGAGCCGCACAACGGCUCCCUCGCCUUCACCCGGGACAUGCUCGUCGACUCGCAGAGCGCGACUCCUGCUAAUGUUACUACUUGGGCUUCUUCUCCGGCUACUACUACUACAAAGGCUCCUCCUACUACUACAAAGGCUCCUCCUACUACUACAAAGGCUACUACUACUACAAAAGCUACUACUACUACUACUACAAAAGCUACUACUACAAAGGCUACUACUACCAACUUGCCGGAUAAGUCAAAUGCUGAGUCCUUCAAAAAACCAACCCAUGGAAUGAAGGAAGGAUUAGUUGCCCUGCUUGCAAUGUCCGCUGUAAUUUUCUCAUCUUCAUUGUCACAAUAGUCUACAGAGUCUGGAAAAGAAUCUUAAUCAAGCACAAACAGGAGCCCAAACAGGCAAAUGAAACACAUGAUGAAACACAUGGCUGGAAAUGGCCUGGUAAUUACUGUAUUAAAAAAAGAUAACAUUUUCUACUCUUAACGUUUUUCCUUGAUCCUCUUAAGAUUUGAUUAUUUUACACUGUUGUACUCCCAUGUACUUUUGUCAAUUAUUGCACCAUUGGAUCACAAGAACACAUUGCUAAUGAUGAUAUACGAAAUAAAUGAAUGAAAAUGUAGGUCGUUGCAAUGCACAACUGUCAUUACAACCCCAUAAAUUAUUAUUGCGGCACGUAGAGUUUAAUGACUAUUUACUUUUUUUAAUGUCAUCAGAGGAAUCGUCGUGAAAAUGUGUUAUUUCUGACAGUGAACACACGCACCACAAAUCAUUUUCUAUAUUAUGAAUGCAAACACGCCCGAUACAAUUAAUUUAAAGAGACACAUCUCUUCAUAUGAAUGUAUGCUUCGUGUAAAUGUGUGCACGCUCUCUGAGAAUAAACACGAAAUCUCCCCAGUGAA